CUCUCUUUUGCUGCCACAGGUGAUUUUUAGGACUGCCAGCUAUUUUUUAAAGCGGUUAUUUGCUAUGCGUCCUUUUUCCCUGCUCAUGGUUGAUCUCCUGUGCGGUCAUCGCAUUCCUUCCAAGCACGUCCCGCGUUGCCUUUGUCUACUUUGAGUCUCUAGAGCAGAGAGACAUGACCAGCACCAACCUCGAUGUGAUAAAUACGGUGCCACGUGUGGCAACACUCAUUUACCAGACUCACCAGCUAUGGCAAGAAUUUCGAGGUGUCCCGGACGGGAUUUCAGGGCUUGUAGAGCAUCUAAAGGCUCUUGAACCAAUCUUCGCAGAGAUUGAGGACCACUUCAAUCAGGAUGAUGUCUCCGCAUCGUUCAAAAACUGUCUUGACUUGUCAAAGAAAGCACAUGAUUCAUUGGGCAUAUUAGUAACUGAUAUGCGAACGCAGCUACAGGCAAAAAAGAGCAUAAAGCGCAAGUAUGCUACUGUUAAGAUUAUGCUCAAUAAAUCUGUGGUAGAAAGGCUUGAACAGAGCUUGUCUCGGUGCAUGAAUUUCUUGCAGCUGGCAAUACAAGCGUACCAGAUGGCAAUGCUUCGGAAACUAAGCUCUCAAGCUCCCGCAGCACGAGUUCAGCCACCACGUCAUGCGGAUGUUGGAUCACAUUUUCCACCUCUCCCACAAUUACUACAAGAGAAUCAACUGCAACAAAAGAAGAUGCCUCAGAUGCCAUCUGAAUCCAUUGAAUAUAUUUCGGCGACUAACAAUGCGGUAAAGAGAUCGGAAGAGACCCAAUCAUUCCGCUUUACCCUGUCACAAUAUGUGCGAUUUGCCUUGACUUACUCGAAAACCACUGGUGCUUGGCAAGCAGAGGUAAAAGUGCCGGAUUGGCUAUCGAGAUCAGUAUAUGAAUUCAUGUCUGCACCGGCUAUUGCGGGCUGGACGUAUAGUUAUCGUGUAUACAAUGUGAUACCCGAUGACUCGGAAAUUAUUAUGAAAAUUCAUGACGGAGAUGUGGUUGGCGUCCGACAGAUGUUUACUAGCAGAAAGGCGUCUCCAUUCGAUAAAAUCCGGGGAAAAGAAUCGCUCUUAUCCUACGCCACAUCAAAUCGCCAAUAUGAGAUAUGUCAGUUAUUGCUAAAAAUGGGCCUCCAGCCAUUGCUUGAUAGCGGAGGUGGCUAUAAUACACCUGUUGGGUUUAUAGCAGGUGAUAUAGUAAGCAUGACUGUUGGAAAGAUGACUUGGCCAGCCAGUAAAGAUCCAAAGAGAAUAGCGGACCUGUUUGCAUCAUAUCUUCAAGAGCCGGACUCCUUGCCCGCUCAUCGACUCUUGGACUUCAUACAAGAUUUCGCAUCCGACGACAUGAUGGUCUCUAAUUUUCGAAAUCUGUUCAUGCCAAACUAUUAUUUGCGUUGGCUGGGGGACCGGCUUGAAGCUGUACGGCUGGGAGCAUUUAAUGUAUUGAACGUGGAAACUUUUGGAAGCCUUUUUUCGAAAGAUGGAACGUUUUCAAAAGACGACGUCAGGCAGUCGAGUGGCGAGAAAGUCUCUCUCGUACAUUCGGCAGCUGUGGCAUUUGGUUGCCGAUAUCCUGAGAAGCUGGUUCCUUAUGAAAAGGUCUUCCCCUGGCUACAUGCAUACACCGAAUGUUGGGAUCACGUUGUGAUCAAAAUAACCUCAGUCGCUACACUUGAGGACCUGACGAGCAUAGAGACCGUCGUACCAUGGGAUAAACAUGAAGUUACAGCAUGGGAGGGAACUCCCUUGAUGUCACUCAUUGGAGGGGCAUUAUGCUAUCUGUGUCCUAAAAUAAGCUAUAAUCAUUGGGAUAAGCUAUUUCACGGGUGUCUUCUCAAAUGGCUCACAUUACUUCAAUUAGCUGGAGUUGAUUUAGUUGAAUAUGGGCAGCGAGAAGUAUCGAUUCUGCAUCACCCCGAAAAGAACACCAAGGGCGCCUUCGACGCUGAUGCAAUUGAGGCUUCAAGAGGAAUUGUGCGACACGCUAUGACGGCAGGCACACCGAGACCAAAGCUGUAUCAUAUGGGUUACAGAAGGCGGUGUCACAAGAAAUUUAAACUCAAGGGACAAUACACCGUUGUUGACAGGUCUGGCGAACAGUAUUGGAUACCUUUUCGCAUAAUAGAUCUUGAGGUUGGCCCAAAUCCCAGUGACUGGAAGUUGAAGUGGGCUCCAGAAUUUGAGCAUACAGCAUCGCAAUUUUGGAGGCUUAUAGAACAGCAAGAGACAACUAUGCCUGGGGCUUGGGUAGAUUGAUGAGGGAGUGCAAUGUACUGGAAUUUCAUGUUUUCUCUUGACCAAAAUAUGAGAUGAAACACCAAGCAAAUAGAUAGAGAUUUCAUUGUUUCAC